AUGGCAGGAGGAGAACCUGUCCUGGAGGAAGACCUGGCACCUGUGAGGAGGAGAGGGGGAGGAGAGAGGGAGGAGAGAGGGAGGAGAGGAGAAGGAGAGGAGGAGCAGGAGGAGAGGGGGAGGAGGAGAGGAGCAGGAGGAGAGGGGGAGGAGGAGACUCAGAACACUUGUUUUUUCCUCUCCUUCUCCUCCUGCUCCUCCUGCUCCUCUUUCUCCUCCUUCUCCUCCUGCUUCUCCUGCUCCUCCUUCUCCUCCUGCUCCACCUACUCCUCCUUCUCCUCCUGCUCCUCCUGCUCCUCCUUCUCCUCCUGCUCCUCCUUCUCCUCCUGCUCCUCCUGCUCCUACCUCUCCUCCUGCUCCUCCUACUCCUCCUUCUCCUCCUGCUCCUCCUUCUCCUCCUGCUCCUCCUACUCCUCCUUCUCCUCCUGCUCCUCCUUCUCCUCCUGCUCCUCCUUCUCCUCCCUCUCCUCCUGCUCCUCCCUCUCCUCCCUCUCCUCCUGCUCCUCCUUCUCCUCCUACUCCUCCUGCUCCUCCUGCUCCUCCUGCUCCUCCUGCUCCUCCUGCUCCUCCUGCUCCUCCUACUCCUCCUGCUCCUCCUGCUCCUCCUUCUCCUCCUUCUCCUCCUGCUCCUCCUUCUCCUCCUGCUCCUCCUUCUCCUCCUUCUCCUCCUGCUCCUCCUUCUCCUCUUGCUCCUCCUGCUCCUCCUUCUCCUCCCGCUCCUCCCUCUCCUCCUACUCCUCCUUCUCCUCCCUCUCCUCCCUCUCCUCCUGCUCCUCCUGCUCCUCCUACUCCUCCUUCUCCUCCUUCUUCUCCUGCUCCUCCUUCUCCUCCUUCUCCUCCUGCUCCUCCUGCUCCUCCUUCUCCUCUUGCUCCUCCUUCUCCUCCCGCUCCUCCCUCUCCUCUUACUCCUCCUUCUCCUCCUUUUCCUCCUACUCCUCCUGCUCCUCCUGCUCCUCCUUCUCCUCCUGCUCCUCCUGCUCCUCCCUCUCCUCCUGCUCCUCCUUCUCCUCCUUCUCCUCCUGCUCCUCCUGCUCCUCCUUGUCCUCUUGCUCCUCCUUCUCCUCCCGCUCCUCCAUCUCCUCUUACUCCUCCUUCUCCUCCUACUCCUCCUUCUCCUCCUGCUCCUCCUACUCCUCCUUCUCCUCCUGCUCCUCCUGCUCCUCCUUCUCCUCCUGCUCCUCCCUCUCCUCCUGCUAUUCCUUCUCCUCCUUCUCCUCCUGCUCCUCCUUCUCCUCCUGCUCCUCCCUCUCCUCCUGCUCCUCCUUCUCCUCCUUCUCCUCUUACUCCUCCUUUUCCUCCUUUUCCUCCUACUCCUCCUGCUCCUCCUGCUCCUCCUGCUCCUCCUUCUCCUCCUUCUCCUCCCUCUCCUCCUUCUCCUCUUACUCCUCCUGCUCCUCCUGCUCCUCCUACUCCUCCUUCUCCUCCUUCUCCUCCUGCUCCUCCUUCUCCUCCUGCUCCUCCCUCUCCUCCUGCUCCUCCUUCUCCUCCUUCUCCUCCUGCUCCUCCUUCUCCUCCUGCUCCUCCUUCUCCUCCUGCUCCUCCUUGUCCUCUUGCUCCUCCUUCUCCUCCUUUUCCUCCUACUCCUCCUGCUCCUCCUGCUCCUCCUUCUCCUCCUUCUCCUCCUUCUCCUCCUGCUCCUCCUUCUCCUCCUUCUCCUCCUGCUCCUCCUGCUCCUCCUUCUCCUCCUUCUCCUCCUGCUCCUCCUGCUCCUCCCUCUCCUCCUCCUCCUCCUACUCCUCCUUCUCCUCCUUCUCCUCCUGCUCCUCCUGCUCCUCCUUCUCCUCCCGCUCCUCCCUCUCCUCCUCUUACUCCUCCUUCUCCUCCUUUUCCUCCUGCUCCUCCUUGUCCUCUUGCUCCUCCUUCUCCUCCCGCUCCUCCCUCUCCUCUUACUCCUCCUUCUCCUCCUACUCCUCCUGCUCCUCCUGCUCCUCCUACUCCUCCCUCUCCUCCCUCUCCUCCUGCUCCUCCUUCUCCUCCUUCUCCUCCUGCUCCUCCUUCUCCUCCUGCUCCUCCUUCUCCUCCUUCUCCUCCUGCUCCUCCUGCUCCUCCUGCUCCUCCUUCUCCUCCCGCUCCUCCCUCUCCUCUUACUCCUCCUACUCCUCCUGCUCCUCCUGCUCCUCCUACUCCUCCUGCUCCUCCCUCUCCUCCUGCUCCUCCUUCUCCUCCUGCUCCUCCUUCUCCUCCUGCUCCUCCUUCUCCUCCUUCUCCUCCUGCUCCUUCUGCUCCUCCUGCUCCUCCUUCUCCUCCCGCUCCUCCCUCUCCUCUUACUCCUCCUUUUCCUCCUACUCCUCCUUCUCCUCCUGCUCCUCCUGCUCCUCCUGCUCCUCCUGCUCCUCCUGCUCCUCCUUCUCCUCCCGCUCCUCCUGCUCCUCCUUCUCCUCCCGCUCCUCCCUCUCCUCUUACUCCUCCUUCUCCUCCUUUUCCUCCUACUCCUCCUUCUCCUCCUGCUCCUCCUGCUCCUCCUCCUUCUCCUUCUCCUCCUGCUCCUCCUCCUUCUCCUAA